AUGGACACGCCUGCGGCACCGCCGGCAAUGAAGAGCGUCGCUGCGGCGUCCGCUCUGUCGGCCAAUACAGUGACGAGUCCGCCUCAGACGAAUGAUGGUGAGAAUGGCCACAAUAUGGCAAACUGGACCAAACUGUCGUUAGACUUGGCGACGCCGAGUCGCUCUAUCCCCGGCAGUCAUUUGAUGUUUUCUCAGAGCACGACGACUCGGCAGCGCGAAGUAGGAAGGCGGGAGGAGGGGGUGGAGGGGGUGGAGGGAGACGGUGCCGCAUUGCCAAAGUCAAUUCUAACGAAGCGGCCACAUGCGCUGUCGUUGUUGCCACCGCCGCAAUUGCAAAGGGGUCUGUCGUCGUCAUCGUUGUUGCCAGCUGCGACACGCAAGAGCAACACCGCUGACUCCACGGCACCACUGACGAGCCCAGAUCCCACGUUGCCGGAGGGACCUCUACCCCUUUCCUCUACCGCUGUAGUUGUUGACCUGUCUACAGCGCCGGCUUCUGCCGCCGGCCCUCCGGCUAGUGCCAUGGGGACCGACGCGUCAAUACACGGGCACCCGUUGUCCGUGCAGCUCAUAAUUCCGCAGUCGUCUGCGACCGUCACAGCGGCUUCCGAGAGGGUGCCUAUGCCUUCAGUUAUCGAUUCCGCCGAGGAGAACUCUGCACUCCCUGCCAUGCCAACAGCGCGACCGGAAAACGCAGCCGCCACAGUAGGCAAGAGUUUCAUGGAUGCUGACGAUGCGAAGUGCGUUGCGGAGAGCGAUGGGAGUACCGGUAGUGGCAGCAGCGCAUCACACCCAUCGCGCUGUGGCACGGGUGACCCCCUAGACGGACAGGCGGAAACACUGCCGAGCUUUGAGCAGCCGUCUGUGUUUUCGAGUGAUGUGUUGCCUGCAACAUGGACUGAGCCACCACCUUCGCCAUCUCAUGUCUCUCUACAUACAAGUGAGAAGCGUGGCACAGAGCCUUCCGAUGUGCCCAGAAGCUCCCUCUGUGCGUCUUCCUCUCCUCUGGUCCCCCUCCUAUGCGAGUCACCGGGGGGACUACCAAGUGCCUUGUGCUUCGCCCUGGGGGAGCAGCCUCGCAACAAUGAGCGCCUGAGCGGUACUAGGGACGGAGGCAGCGGCAAGAUGGAGGAGGCGGGGACUAGUAGUGAUGAGGGUGAUUGCUGGGGUGGCCCACGCCGUCCACAUCACAGCUCUACUCACCGCAGUGGAGAGAUUGCCGAGAGGGAUGAGGCGCACAACGAGGUGGGUGUGGGCAGGAGCCGCAAUACACGCGGGCGUUCUAGGAGACGCAGGCGAUUGCGUAGUCACCGGCAUCGUCAACCCACCCGAGAGUUGGACACCGAUGACUUCCACACGUCUCCGCCGCGCGGAUCCAGGCAUCAGCCGCAUCAAGGCCGUUCCUCCGUUCGUGGCUCAUUUCAACUCUCCACCGCUGCACUUGGCACGAGGCUGACCUUCAUGGCGGAUGCUGCUGCCAGUGAAUUACCGCAGCAGGUAGCGGUACACCCACACGCCAGCUCUUUCCCCCCCACGUCUACUCGCGCUCAUCGGGCCCACAUGAGGCUACGCACUGCAGCGCCUUCACUCAUUCAGGUCGAUGCACUGAUAAGCACCCCCAGUCUGGAGAUCCCGUCUACGCGAUCGAGCCUGCUGUCAUCUCCCGCCUCCCUGUCGGCGGCGUCUCUGUCGUUGGCAGCUGUGGCAGCGCAGGACAGACAACGGGCAGGAGGCGUACACAACGACUCGUUGUCAACCGAACGCCGUCGAAGCUCAGGGGAGCCACUGUUGAGUGGCUGGCCGGACACGAUCUUCCCGAUCUGCGAGGAUGAGGACGAGAGCGCUGCUUCUCCGGAAGGCGAGGCGCUGCAACCAUUCACGCAGGCGCGACAGCAACAGGGGCCGGAGGGGGGUGCAUGGGCUGAGGGCGAUGUGGUAGGCAAGACGACAGCCACUGUCAUUACUACCAGAGAGAUCUCAUUGUCGCCACCAUUGGCGACGGCAGCGCAUGUGCGAGAGGCCACCGCUGUCGCUGUUGCAUUGCCCCCUCUGCACGCCGAUGAGUACCUGGGUGGCGCACGAGCAGAAACACUUGCAUCCGCGUCUGCUUCACGUUUGUUGUCGCCCCCAGCCGUUGCGAUGACUAGUGGUGCGAUGUCCCCCAGCACAGGGGCGUUGGCCACAGCAGCACCGGCGUUCUCGACAGUCGUACUACCCACGCGUGUGCAUCUCCCCCCACCAGCACCACUGAUUUCUGCACUAGCGGCAUCGUCGCUACCGCCGCUGCCCGCACCACGCCCCCAGCCGCCCACGCCGUCCUCCGCCGUAGCCGCACCACUACCCCUUCCCGUCGCGGAGAAGCAGCAAGCGGCGGAUGCCUCUGAUGGCAAUGAUGCCGAACGUGCCGUGGCCGCGUCCACUUCUGCAGUUUUCGUGGAGUCAGAUGCUGUACCCGUUGCGCCAUACCCCCUGCCAACCUCACCAGUACUUUCCGUGCCUGCCACGACCGCUACUGCGGCAGGCGCAGUCGUCGACUCCAAUGGAGAGACACACGAGGACGCUGACCCCGCAUCCCUUCUGUAUACCAGCCUGCCCGCCUCCCCGGGCGGCGGCCGCGCGUCUAUCGAGACCGUAGGUAGCAUCCUGACGUUGGAGAGUGGCGCGGCGGGGUACAACCGCCUUUGGAUGAGUGGCACGUCCAGCAGUGCCAUCCUGGGACAGGAGCGGCUGUCUAUGGCGCAGUUCGGGGAUCGCGUGGUAUCGUCAGAGGGUGGGAGCCAACACGGCAGCGACGCGGACAACAGCCGCCGCCGCAGCGGGGAAAGGCAGGAGGGCACGAGGACGCUGCAGUUGUACCCUGACGCACAUGGCCGUCAUGGGUGCAGUGAUGGUGGCAGCUCGUACUAUUACAGCUACAGCUACUCGUACAAGACUGGAGACACCAUCGGCAGCACGAUGCGGGGCUCCCGUUCUUCUAUCACUGCUGCCGCGCUGCGUGCCCAUGAUGAGGGAGGGAGGACAGUAACCGUAGGCACGGCAGCAGCCCCGUGCACGGAGCCAGUCAAGUUAAUUGGCUACGAGGAGGUGACACCCGUUGCCGGCGGCAGAAGUGGCGCGCUAGGCUGUUUGCGCUUUGGCUGUAAGAACGUCACGGGCGGAGUGCGCACGAGCCGCACAGAAGUGCACCGUGUCUGCUACAGAGCGGAGGACACCCCCAGAGACCACCUCAUUGGCCUCUCUUUCAUGCAUGCGGGGCGGCACCAAGGCCCAGCAGAGGGCGAGGGCACCGCGGCGUCACCGGUAGCGAUCACCGGCAAUGAGGGAGCAAACAGCGCGAAUGGAGGUGAGGGCAAGGCGGAGGAGCAGAGGGGGGCCGGUGAAACGAAGAGCUGUGGCACCACUGGAAGCGAGGGCGACAGUCCAUCGCAUGGACUCGGAGGCGCGACGGAGACGCCACACAGCAGUGAGCACGUUACUGGUGAAGGUGUGGGCGAGGCCGCGACAUAUGCCAGUCGUCGAGGCAGCAUGAGCAGCAUUGUCGACAGCGAGGCUCCGCUCUGUAACCGAGAUAACACGUUAGUUCCACCUCACAACGGCUCCAAAGAGACAGACGAGGGCGACGACGGCUUUUACACUCCAUGCGAAGAAGCUGAGGCGGUUCGUGCUGCUGCUGCUGCUGCUGCGGCCGAGGUGGCGGUGCAGGAAAAUGCGCCUCCACUCGACGUUAUCGACCAGACUGCUCUCAGCAGCUCUGCCUCGGCGCUGUGUGCAGAGCUGGCUGUGGGGGUGGGAGAGAACACAGCGACGUCUCUUUUGGCGCACUGGGAGACUGAGGUUGACGGUGCCAACGCCUCCGAAGACGCGGGUAUAAUGAGAAGUGAUGGCUGUGCGCUAGGGAGUGACAGGUCAGCUCCCUCUUCAGCCGCAGACGCCGCCAAGACUCACCACAACCACAAUAGCGGUGAUGGUCGCGUCAGAGGGGGAGGCGGCGAGGAGGAGAGGGGGGAAAGCACGGCAAUGACUGCCGUCAGUGAAUAUCAUGGACUGUUGGCACUCUUGGUGUACACGGAGGAGCUACCUCGGCUGCGUGCGUGGGACGCAGAUCCGCCUGUUGCCGCGAGCACCGAUCGCUCGCACCAGAUGCAGGAGGCAGAGAAGCUCAAGAUUAAGUGCAAUGAGGAGGCAAUCGCAGCUGCUGAGGCGGCGGAGCAGGCCUUCCGCCGGACGGUGCAGGAGCUGCUGGUGCGCCCACCCCGGCAGUGCGUCUUUGUUGAAGUGCAUGGGUUGCGGAGCUGGUGCUUGGCGGUGCUGUGUCCGCAGCAGGUGCCCAUGGUCGGCUUGGCAAGUGGCGCAACUACCGUGCUGGGAGAGGAGUGGCGCGGCGCAUGGGGCAUCAGUGCGCAGGCAGCCGCUCCGAUCAUUGAAGACCCGAAGUGGAUCGACGUGCGACUUGCGAUGUACGUGCACGACAGCGCCGACGAGCGUCUGCUGGCGGCUGGUUCCGUCUUCUCUCUGCCGUCAAACCUGGAGGCGCUGCGGCGCUGCCUGGGAUGCGGUGGCAGCGGCGAUGACACUGUCGAGUACACCUCUACAGGCGGCUACGGGCGCGACAGCUGGUCCGACCUGCUCGUGUUUCAGCUCCUGGAGAACGCGUCUGAGGGCGCUGCCGAAGGCGGGCAGCCGGAGGAGGGACGCAUGCACGCCAGUCUCCUGAUCCCCUCAGCAGAGGAUACAACAGGACCCAGCAGCGGCGGCGGUGACGCACGAAGCCGUCGAGUCUUGGAAUGCGGUGUGGCAGGUAGUAGCCUUCUUGGCUCUCUUGGCGGCGCAGGGGUUCUGUACGUGAAGCUUGAGGAGCGCCGUGAGCGCUGGGCGCCGAUGACCGAUGAGUACGUCUGUGCUGCGACGAUUCGGGCAAGCGAGCUGGCGUCUUCUCCGGAAACGCGCGCGUACUCGCCUGUCAAUGAUGCGCAUCUGGCUGCUGCUGCUGCUGCUGAUGUUGCUGCUGCUGCCGUGAUCACAGAGGAUAAAGCGGAGGACCUCACGACGUCGUCUCAACGGGAUGAGGGGGACGCGGACCAGUCGAGCAUGAAAUGGCAGACGGAGCCGUUGUCACUUCCGUCGUCCUUACCGCUGUCAGUAGAAACAGGGUCCUCUCAUUCUCUCGCUGGCGUAGCCAAAACAGUUCGUGCCGGCGCACAUCAUUCUAUUGGAGCCACGACAGACAUGGGCAGCGUCUACGCUCGAGCAGCGGAUGGUAGUGGCGCUCACGAACAUGCAGAGGUGAUGGGGACGCGGCUCGAGGUGUGCUGGCGGCCCUUGGCAGUCUCAUCGCCACUCUUACCGGCAGACUUGUGCCAACUCCAGUCUAAUCAACCGCCGCUGCUCACAGCGCUCGAGACGACGGCAGAGGCAGCAGCGAACCCUACCGCAUGCUCUGGGAAGCCCUUGCCACAGCUGCCCUGUCGCCUGCGCAGGGCGCAGGAGCCACCGCCACGAGCACUAUCUGCGGAUCAGGAUCUGUCAUCAUGGGCAUUGUUGGGGACCGCGAUCCAGAAUUAUGAGCGUGUGUGCCGCGGCGCUGCCACCGGUGCCGUCUCUGCCGUCUCAGCCGAUGACAGAGCCGUCGGAAAAGCUGCAAGCUACACACCGUCUCGGCCGUUGACAGUGGUGUGGGACGCAAUCCCGUCGCACCUGGUCGCGGGAAAUGACGGGACGCGGGGGAUGCGGGAGGCGAAUGCCGCUGCUGCUCCUCCUCCGCAUCGCUGGUACGACGGGGGGCGAUCGCCGGGAGGCCACGGGAUUGAGAGACUGACGGUGUGCUCUGUGGUGGUGCGGUGCGCCGCUGCGCUCCUCUUCGCCCACGAGGUGGCCGGCGCGCGAGGGAGUGGCGGUGGCCCACUCACAUCGAUUUCCGUCACUGGUGGCUGCGACGGUGUGGUGGUCGAGCAGACUGCCAGUGGAGAAGGUGACGAUACGCACGGCACACCUGUCGCGCAUCGCGCCCCUGUCAUGCGGUACAACAUUAGCUUUCACGCAGUCCUUACACGCGACUUAGCUUCGUCGCUUCUCUUCACCGUGCACGGCGUCGCAUCUCCCGCAGAAGUGUUUGGCUUUGCCGUCUGGACUCCGUUUGACACCGCCCCCGCGACGCGUGUGCCGAACCACCACCACUACCGUGGCGGAGACGCUGGCGUCGGCUGCUGCGGUGUGAUGGACGUGUGGUUGCCCCUUUUCGCUCCUGCCAGUGCUAACGCCGCGCCCCUGGCGACAGUAUCAGCGCAGCAGCGGGAAGCUGCGCCAGCCAGUAUUUUUCCUGCCGCCCUAUCAAGCCUCAACACGGGUCAGCACCACAGCACGACUGGUCUACUGCCUGUUGGCUGGCUUCACUGCGAUGUGGAGACUGUGUUCCUACCCUCACUGAACGAGGCGGCGGUGCAUCAGCUCUGGAACGGACCGCAGCGCAGCCUCUCUUCCAUCGCUGCGGCGGCCGGAGGAGAAACAGAGCACGACGAGUGCUGCAUGGGGCAUGGCAUCCGCGUUGACGACGACACCUUGGUGGACUUCAGCGUGAUGGAGGGAGCCGGUCUGCGGCCCUUGGCCACGCAGUUCGGCAUGCCACUCUCGCCCACACCGCUGCGCUGGGACGACUCUUCGAGCUGGGGGAACAAUGAGACCUGUGCAAACGUGUACUGCGAAGUACUGGCUUUGCAGCAGCAGCGGCAACAGAGGACUAGUCACCGAGUCCCAGGAGUGGCGCCUCACGUAGCUGGUGUCUUCUCCGCCGCGUCGUCUUCAUUAGCGGCGAGAGUUGCAGCGUACGGGCCGCACAUCUCUGGCUAUCACCGGAUAGCCGCAGGGGACUCUGACCUUGAUGUCAUGCGCUUCGCUUCAGAGUUGGAUGGGCAGGGUCGGGCGGCGCAUUGCGCUCCGCUGGAUGUCAGUGGGGAGGAGAGUGGGGAAAGAGACGCUUACGCUACCUGGACGGUGAACAGCGUGACGGGCAGCACCGCGUUGGCCUCGGUGCUGCCCGUCACGGCCAGUGUCGCACAAACGAAUCAUCCUCGCUGGCGGCAUGUAUUUCGUUGUGGUCUCGCAUCGCUGUCCGCGCUGCACCUUCGUGUAUUCGACCUUUGCCAGCACCGUCUUGGUGGCGACAGUGAGGCGAAUCCUCAGGCAGCUGAGGGCAGUUCUAUGCAGGCCCAGCGCAGCGGGGCGUCUGGGAAGCGAGCGAUGCUGCUGGGCACCGCGACCGUGUCAAGCUGGUUGCUGCGAAGGCUGCUGUGUCGCCCAUCUGGCGAGGGGCGUGCCUGGCUACCUUUGCUGUGGAGCCCCAGCGCAGCUGCCGAGCCAACAGCAGCCUCUGCGGCGAUCAACGGCAAAGGUUGCCUUCAUUCGCGCUUCGUCCCCGCCGUGUGCAACGGCUUUGUGUUGGUCGAAUGGCGCCGCCUGCCUCAAACCACCGCCAUGGUGCGGUCGCCGUGGACUAGAGAACUGAGCGCGUGGUGCGCCUCGGUGACGCGCCGCUCGCUCAACAGCAAUGGUUGCCACACGACGGGGUCGGCCAUGCGCAUAAUAUCCUCCAUCAAGGCAUUCAAGAAGCCGCACGAGUUUCCUCUGAGUUGGUAUCAACCAAUAGUUUCACCUCGAACUGACUCGAGCGCUGCGGCAGCGAUCCCUGUGGCCUACUCGCGCCAACCGGGGUGGAUGGUGAACCACGAGGUUGUGCCGUGGCUACGGAUUCACGAGUUACGGCUGCAGUGGCCCUGGCUGCAGCACCUCCUCUGCAUGCAUGGUGGACAGGUGCGACUCUCGCUGCAUUACCCUACCGCGCAAGGUGAGACACGCCUGCUGGCACAGUGUUUGUUGGUUCCCCUGUGCGAGUUGGCAGGGCCUUUGACGAACUCUGUUGGUGUAGGCCGGUCAUCACGGGUGAACUUACGUGAGACGCGCGACACCGCUGGUGUCUACGGUGUGGUGCUCUCCGCUGCACCAUCGUAUGACGCUGCCCCUUCCCCAAAGGCAGUGGCUCUGGCAGAGGCAACCCUGUGUCUCCCGGCCAGCCCGUUCGUCGAGGUGCAGGUGUGGUGGUACCCGCGCGACAGCGCCGACACUGCAGCGGCCAACCGCUCGGAGGUACCGCCUCGUUUUAUCGGUCGUGGCAAGUGGCACUUCCCCGCUCACGAGGCGACUGAAGGGGUGCGAGGGUUGGUCGCAGGGGCAGACAGGGGAGCGUAUGAUGCGACGCUGAAUGCGCAACCGACCACAGGGUGUGCGGCUGGGCACGUGGGCCUGAGCAACGAAGAAAAGGAGGGCGGGUCCGCGGUGGGGCGCUCGCCGCUGCCGACAACUCUCCACAGCUUCUUCACCCCACACGAGGUGGAACUACGUGUGGCGCCGGUCCACAGCACUGGCUUGCCGCAACACGUUGGGGGCGGCGUGCUGGCGUGGCGUCUCAUGUCCCUUCCUCGGCUGACGUGCGAUGGCUGGGGUGAGGUGCCCCCAACGAUGCCACCCCUCCAGACUGAGUCGCUGCCCUGCGUUGCGGGAUCGUGCGGAGACUUCAGUCGUCCGUUGCGAUCGCCCUCUGCUGAGGUGCCGACCUCCAGUUGGGUAUGGCCAGAUGUUGGCACGCCGGCAGUAGUGCAGGUCGAGGUGUGUAACAUGAUCUGCUUCGACCACACGGAUGGGCCGUGCAUCGACGCCGCGCAAGCUGCCCCAGCUGUGCAGAUUGCAGUGAGCGGCACCACGUGCGACGACUCUCCGAGGGAGACCUUGUCCGACGAAUCAGCCCCAGUCGCUGAGGCGAGGUGCUGGGUGUACCCAGGAGACACUCCACCACCCGACGCCCCCCGUGUGGGCUACACCUUCUUUCCAGUCUACGAUGCGGCCACGGGAGGGGUGAGCACCUGGAGCAACCCAGGCGGUGACCAGCAACAGCAGCAGCAGUCGCUUGCUGCAGCAGGAGGUUCCCGGGAGAGUGCAGCGUGCAGUGCCAUGCCAGACGCUGGGGCACGUUGUUCUCCCACAGUGGAGGUGCAGUGGCCCUCGCGUCGAUUCGGCUGGAUCGACGACCCACCGCCAUCCCUCAGCGUGUGGGUGAUGACACGCUCGCCGUUUUCCAGGGGCGCCGGCGCACCGGACGACAUGGCGGCAGCGGCGGAGGGGAGGGAGCGCGUGUGGGGGGCCGUUCGACUGCUGGGGCUGGAUGCUUUCACGAGUACUUCAGGGAUGCUGUGGCUGCCGCUCUUCCAAAGUUACGCCGCGCCUGCUCUGGUUGCUGAGGCGCCGCGCUGUACUGACGCUGUAAAAGAUAUGACUGAGAACAGCAGUAGGGGCAGCGGCGCCGGUCAACACUGCGGCGCAGUCUCACCACUGCCACUGCCCUCAACAGUGGAAAGAGUGCACUGCGGCGCCAAUUUCACAGCCCCGCCGCAAUCAGCUCUGCCUUAUAGCGGUGCAGCGGGCCCGUUGAGGACGGCGGCUGCGCCGAGUGCAGCGGUCAUGGUGAGACACGUCGGCUUUGUUGCGGUCCGCUACGCGCACAACAUGCAGAGGUGCGCGGCUGUGGCGGUCACGAAACCCCGCGGUACUGCGCCGCGUGCCCUGCUGGUGCGUGUGGGGCCAUUGCAUCGACGUUUUCCUGUGCGCGGUGCUGCCCGCUAUCCCCUCUCGUCUCCCUCAUCCCCUUUGCCCUCCGAGUCGUACACGCCGCUGUCUGACGCUGCGCUCCCACAUCGCAACGAAGCGGGGAUCGCCUUUGCAGCUGCCAAUAACACCGCGGGAGCUGCUGCUGCUGUGGCGGACGCUCUCUCGGUCAAGGCUAGCGGUGCCACAGAUGUGCUUUUGGGCUUUGAGGCGCAUCAAGUGAUGGUGCACGUGCUCGACGCUGGCUCUGGACCGGAUGGCUGGGGUGAGGCGAGUACCUCGGGCCGUGUCACCGUGUUCCCUCUUCCACAGCGCGACGUUGGCGACGGCGGCUCACGUCAGCUGCGUGUGCAGGCGCGGGUGGGUACCUCAGCGGCAAUGGCCACCAACACAAUGUACAUCGAUCCUGACGGCGAUGGAGAGAUGCCAGAGAGUGCCCAGUGGGUACCGCUCGUCGUGCGCCACCGUAGUUACGAUGCGCAUGGUGUUGGUUACGACGGUGAAGGCGAGAAGGUGGUGGCCGAGAUCCUUGUUCAAUGGCGAGUCGUGGACUUGUCCGCCGCCGCCGCCCCGUCACGCUUGACCUUCUCUCCGGUGCCGUUGCAGCGUCUUGUGCGAGAGUACUGCGGCGGUGGCGGCGCUUCCUGUUCCUACACCGUUUCCUCGGCACUGUCUGCAGCAGCUCAGCUGCGCCAGAGCCCAUCAAGGCAGAGCUGCGCUGAAGUUCAGCAGCGUGCACACUGCUUGGAGCUGUUGGGAAGGGGCCCAAUAGGGCAGGGCACGGCCACCGCCGAACUGGUGUCACGAGCGCUCUCACGUGUACUGCGCACGAUUCAGCCGAGGCGCCAUCGAUGCGCCUAUCUUACGCUGGACCGCUUCCUUCUGCAGUGCAGUGCGUGUCAGCGACUAGCGUGGGCAGCGCUGCAGCGCGGAAUGACCGCGUCGCCACAGGAGAUUUUGGAGAGCGGAGGGCACGAUGGCGCUACCUCGGCGCCAAUUCGAUUCCGGCUAGAGGUGCAGCUAAGGUGGCCUACCGAGUGGAGCGCGGUGUGGCACCGCACCGUAUCACCGUCUCCGCGGCGUGUGUCACUGGCAGUGGGGUCUAACAUGGGUGCAGGCUCAACUUCUGCUGCUGCUUCCGCAAGAGCAACCGCGGGCUUGCUCUCCCUCAACGCGUGGAUGGACAGCGGAGAGGGCGUCUUCACGGAGAGCAGUUCUCCCGCGACUCCCGGUGCUGCUGUUGCUGAUGAGGCCGCGGCAUGUGUGUCAGAGGAGCGCUUCCUGUCUUGUGCUUCUCUUCCCCCGUUGUGCUUGGCGUUGCCGUCCGCGCAGGACAUCGAGCACGUACUCGGGGAACCGGGGCUUGCGACCCGCUUCGACCUGACGUUCGCCCUCUUUGCUGUUCUGCCGUGGCAGCGUGACAAUGCCUUCCCUGAGGCGAAGGUGUCUGACGUGUGUGUCGGCACUGGCCGAACUCCCAUGGCGUUUUCUCGAUCAGUGCAGUUUGGCCUCACAACACUUUUUCCAUCAGUUAGCAGCGCGAGUAGCGAUGUGGCACCGUGUGUGGACACCGCGGAUGCGGACACGAAAGGCAGUGCAUCAAGCAUGCCAGUGUUGCUCCGCUGGCGCGCACGGGUGACGGAUUCUCUGCCAGUGCCCCCACCAGCAUCGUCCGUAUUGCAUAUGCCGCCAAAGGUGAGGGACCUCGCAGCGGAUAGCGGCAAGAAUGUGAGAGACGGCGCAACACGAUGCGACGGGCAGAUGCCGUCGUGGUCGUUCUCCUCUUCAGCAACCACCACCUCUUCCGCAGAGAAGGGCACAGACAUCACGGGUGACGAGCAUAUCCGACUCACAGGAAUCACUGCUGUACCCCUGCUGCCGCGAACACCAGCGCUAGCGCGUGUUACUGUCACACGUAUCGAACUCUGUGGGGUGGACGUCAGCCUUGCCCGCGGAUCGGCGCAACGCCAUCUUCGCCCGCUUCCUCCCGCAUCGGUGACGGUGAUGGUAGCAGACGUCACGGACGCCACAACCGCACCCACAGGCUGGAGAGGUGGCGCGACGAUCGCCCCGUCGACUGUGCACCAGCUGCUGCCUCGUCUGCUGCCUCUCAGACCCACUGCUGCGUCUUCACCGAUGCGCACUACUUCAGCACCGUCACUGCCCACAUCACAACGGAGUCAAACACAGCGACUCCCGCCGCCGCUGCCGCAGAGGUACACUUGGGGCACUGAUGUGUGCCUUGUGGCACCUGUGUCGCAGCUGGUUUUCCACAUCAGCGUUCCCGACAUCGCGGUGCGUUCGGCGCGUGGGGAGGAGGCAUGGCUGCCGCCGAGGUGCCCCUCGAGCGAAGUCGAGCCGCAGGAUGGAGACGCGCAGAGCGUGGACGCGCACUGGCGAUCUCGGCCCGCCAAUCAGCUGGACGUAGUGGGCAAAGCAGCGUACGCACUGGACCUUUUGAGUCAAGUGGAGGGUGUUCAACCGCCUUGUGCUAAUGAUCGGUUCGUCCCGGCAGCGCAGACGACUGGUGACACGCACGAUGCCGUGCUGGAGGUGGAGAGCGUCGUGCAUGACUGCUGGCUUGGCCGCCUCUGGGUCCAUGUGGACAUCACUGCCGCCGACCUGCUGAUGCGCGAUGCAGCCUCAGCCUUCUUCACCUCACGCAUGACCCUUAGCGUGCAGAGGUGUGGCGGUUUUGCGGUUGGCGACGUGCGGCUAACGUGCCGCGCAGAAGAGACGUACUCGCGGCUGCGUGAGCGGGCAGCGCUGCUGUGCCAGCAACGUGGCAGAGUGCCACGGAGGCUGCGCCAACAAGUAAAGGAGAUACGCCAGAUACGACGCCAGUUGCGGCAGGGGCAAGGACAGCAGCGCGAUGGUGUGCUCGCCGACCAUACUGCCUCUUCCACGGCGGCGGUGGUGCGACUGACAUCCACGUGGGGCGAGCAAGGCACUGACGCUUCAUUGACAUUCACAUCCAAUCCCUUUGCGCUUCCCACAGCGACGGAGUUUGUGCGGCAAGGGCACGGGGCAGCGACACCAUCAACAUCUAUGCGUACGCCACUGCUGUGCUUUUCACGCGAUAUAAACACCGCGCGGAUGACAGACGACGCGACGGCAACCGUGCGGCUGGAGCUUUGUCAGGCAUCCGGCGGCGUUGCAGUAGCUGCUGGGCAGAUGGUGCUACCUCUGCGCUCCGCACGUGCGCUGUGGCGCGAAGGCGCGUGGCAGCCGCCUGUGUCAGCGGUGACUUCGCCGAUGUCGAUGCGCCUUAACCUCCAUCCCUGUGCGACAAGCGGGAUGCCCACCCCACUCAUCCGCCCGGUGACCCCGUCCGCAGGUGCGGCAGAUGUAACGGCGACGUGGGCGUUGUCCCCUGUGCGCGGUGACACGUGGUUGACUUGUAUCUAUGUGAAACCGACGCCGCCAGCCGUCGGUGCUGCGACACCGCCUCGGCAGCUGUUGCUGCGGUGGGUCUAUUGCUUCGAGGCCACAGCGUACCCAGAGACGGAGCACGCGGUCGACAUACCUCUGCGCUUGAGGCCAUCCUCGACCCCCAGUGACCAUGAAGGGGAAGGCGCGCAGAUGCCGCACGCUGGCCCCCAGGCGGGGGCCAGCGUGCCGCUGUACUGGUCGGGAGCAGCAAUGCAGCUGCCGCGAAUCGGCCCCGUAGGGGCGACGCUCAAGCGAGUCGAGCUUCUUGAGGUGACCCCAGUGUCCUGUACUCACCUCCUUGUUAGCGGAGGAGAGGCGGGGGUGGCACAGCCGUCGCCACUCCAGUCCAACCUGCCGAUGCGGGAUGCUUGCGUGACGACACAGCUCGCGGUGCAUGCAUGGACAGUAGCGGAUGAGCUGUGCUUUGAAGCGAGGCGUCGUCAGGCGCAGGACUCAGGCGACGACGCACUCAUAUGGCUUACCUGUGAGGGCGCCUCUACCACCAGUAGUCGUCGCUACAGAUUUACCUACGAGGUGCUCCUGGGCCUCUACACGAGUAACUCUCUAGCGAUGUGUGCUGCGCAGAUUUUGGAGCACCGGAGGGUGCGAGUGACAGGUGCGGAGAAGCCUAUUGCACCACUUGAAGCUGCAAGCCAGCGGUCACGGUCCCCUCCGCCCACUGGCGUGAACGCACUAUCGUCACGAGGCGCUGCGCGUUUUAUCGAAGUCGACGAGUCUUUAUCACCGCCGCCCGCGCCUUAUGUGCGUUCGCAUGCCUCGACUCGCUCAGCCGGUGGCGUCGUCGUCUCUGGUGGGGCUGGCAGUGAUGGCGGCGUUGUGAUGAGAGCCUUAACUUUUCGGUGCUGCGGUGCUGCACUCGCCCCGCUAGAGAUGGGGCAGGUUGACACGAUGACGUGUUGUGUUGUCGCUGUACAACAUCGAGUCGACAGCGCCGCGGCCUCAAUUGUGGUAUUGAAUGCCGGUAACGCGACGUCACUGCUGCAGGAGGGGCUCUCUACUGAGGGCCUGCCCCAUGCCACGACAACCUCUCUUCCUCCUCUCGCCUCUGUGCAGCUCACCGCUGCGUGGUUGCCAACACCGGGGCUGCCACGCUCGACAGCGGCGUCAUCGUGUGUGAUUGCAGCACCAGCAAGUGCGGGUUCCAACUACAGCCCCCAGGAGGCACGUCUGCAGAAGGUAGGAGGUGCAUUGCUGCGUGUUGCGCUGCCCCUGGUGCCGCCUGAUGUAGUGCUCGCAGCAGUCGGCGACGGCGAGCCGGGUGAUAUCGGGAGUGACAUUGACGUUGGGAUGAGGACAAUGUUGGAGGAGGAGCAAUUCCGCAUCGAGGUGGAGGUGCAAGGUCGCCGUUGCGGCACUGACGUCGACGAGGCGGCGGCCACAGCGCGCUACGCCUCCGCCCCCUUUAGUGCAUCGGACAUCUUGCGUAGUGCCCGCAGUAGUAGCAAGCGCAGCAGCAUCGGCAGCAGCGCAGAUACGACGGCGGCCGCGGCUGGCGGCGACUCUUCGCUGUGCGUGUCCCCCUCCCAGUGGCCGUCAACGUUGGCGAUGCAUCUUGUGUCGGCGCCGAUGGCUGAUGGAACGACGGGUUCUGGUGCCCACGAGAGGAGCGAGAAGGAACGGGAAGCCGGCCCACUGCCGCCUCGGAUGGCCCCGACGGCAACGAUGGAGGUGACUUGGGCGUUGGACAUGCUCGGCCUCCUGCGAACCAGUGCCUGUGCUGCUGGUGUAGUGCUGACCUCCGCGAAGUGCGCUCGCCACCGCGCUGACCGCGACGCUGGUGGCGGGGCUGAGGACAAAGAUGCCGUCUUCGGCUCGCUUGCCCGCGUGUCGGAUGACACGGACGACGACGACGCGGAUGUUGGUGGGAUGGGAAUGCGGCAGCUGGAGGCGUACUCGGCAUGGUCCGAUUUUUUAGCCGCCCAGCACAGUAUGGAGGAGAUGCGGACAGCGGAGGCGGAGCUGCGGCACUGGUGUUGCACCAUUGUUGGGGUUGAAGUGUCGGGUCUUGAGUUGCCAUCGUGGUGCUCUACCGGUGCUGAUGCACAGGACGAGGUGUACAAUGCAGCUCUGUGCCCCUCCCUCCUCGCCCAGGUCACGCUACCGAUUCGAGCCCCAAAGACCGCAGCUGUCGCGGAUGCGGAGUGGCAACCGCACCAGGGCACUGAAGGCACGGGUUGUCAUCAUGGGGGUCGUCUGCGCAGAAAGGGGGGGCUCGUGAUUGGUGUGGCCCGGAGCGCUGUGACUCGCAUGGAGCGCGGUGGGUGUCUGGGCAUGGAGACCGCAGCGACCUCUUGCCAAAGUGCUGUAGCGGCGGGCGACGCGUGCGGUGUACGAUCUGUCGCCCCUGUCAACAGCAGCAGCUCUCUGCCACGGUGCCAUCGGUACACCGCUACCUUCGCCCCGCUGUCGUGGACCAUGGCCGUGACGGACAUGAUUGAUCAGACCGUCGCCGCAGCCGAGCAUAGAGAGAUGACGCAGUCAACGGCGGCGACAGUCAGUGAAGCCCCUGUUGCAGGACUCACUGUGUGGCAGCUACUUGCUCGUGCGUCCGUUUCAUCGUCUUCGGCCAGGAACAACGUCAACAACAGCCACAGUACCGCGGAGAACGUGACCCAGAGAGUUUAUAGCCUUGGUUCCACACAGCUUGCCCGUCUCCUUCACGAAGGCGCCUUGUACCUCGUCCAGGUGAUGGCACGCUGGUGUGGCGACGUGUACACAACGGAGGAGAGGGACGCACUGCUGAAGGCGGCCGCUCUGUACCCCACGCAGUGGAUGCCGCUGGCACCUACCGCGCCGAUCAUGGAUGGCACCCAGGGUAAGGCCUGUGUGCGGCUCAAGUGCGCCUACAGCUACCACGGGCCUAAGCUGCAACCACCGAAGAGUCUUGCGAUGGUGCUGCCACCUCGUAUCACAGCGCCAGGUGCUCUCGCCGACGCGGUCUGCUGCGCACAGCUCGAUCAUGUGCAGCUCACCUGCACGAGCUCUGAUGGCGCAGAGGCGACUGCAGCUGCUUCAGGGCCACAUCGUCGCAAUGGCGCAGGCGCCACAGCGGCGUGGCUGAGUCGCUUGAUGCUGGUGAUGCGAGUUCACGUCAUCACAGAGAGCGCUGUGGACGGUACUGUGGCUCAUUCUCGCAACGUGGCGCAGUGGCACACGCGACUGGCACUGAUGCCGUGCAGCAGCGUGCCGCCAAUCCCCAAAGCGGAGUCGGAGAGAGACACAGUUACUUCUUCUGCAUCCGCAGGCUCCUCUGCAACCCCGCGGUCCGCGCUGGUUCCGACAGUACCAGUGCCGGUGACCGUUGCGCAAUCCGCGGUCAAAGGGGUAGGCGGUGCCGCGGAGUCGCCCCGCUUCCGAGGCGAUAGGGGUGACUGGUGCGUCGCCGUUCCCAUCACCGCUUCGGUCGCCCCAUCCUCGACCAUCGAGGUCGUUUCUCUGCGACCCACGACGCGCUUUUUCUCUUGGCAGCCACCGAGCCCGGCGGAGACGAUGGAGCGCUGCAAAGUGGCCCAGACGUCUGCCGGAGUGCCUGCCGCCUGUGCCGUGGAGACGACAACGACCACGUUGGUGGAGAUGGCCCUGCUGCUGCCAGACGAGAAAGCGAGGGAGGAAGAGAGCGCUUCUGUGAGCUCACUGGGCUGUCUUUCCGAGGGCAGCAGCGGUACCAUCGCGGGCACCGUGGUUGGGCGUGGACAGGUUCGCCUUGGCUGCUCGAGGUCGAAUGAAGUGGUGUGGAACGCCGCCGAGGACCGAGUGGAGAGUGGGUGGCGGCUUUGUGCGCCUCUCUCUGUGCGGUUUCCUGUGACCACUGAGGCUGCACUUCCUCGUAGGGAAUAUGGCGCGCCUAUCUGUGCUAGUACACCAGAGGGUGGAGAGAAGGGCGAGUCGCAGCCCUCGUUGAUGUUUUCGUUUGAUCUGCUGCUCUUUACGGCACCGAGCAUGGCCCAGGUAGCUGCGUUGCACGCUUGCCGAGCCAGACGCGCCGAGAAGCUUCGUCGCAGCUUGUCUGUUCUGCAACGCAUGGAGACGGCUCUUCUCGCGUCAGAAACAUCUCAUUACCAUCAUGACCAGGCGCAUGAGCUCAAGGGCGCUGGCGUCAUCGCCGCAGGAGAGCCACGAAUGACGCUGAGCCAGCUCUCCCAUACAUGGAUGUCGCGGAGACCAUAUCUGCUUCUGCGUGUUCCGCCCACGAUGAUCCGUGUGGACACGUUUGCCGUGCUGGAUAACGUGCCUUCAACAGAAAGGCGUGCUACCACAUUGUCCGCCGGCAGCAACGGCGAAGGUGGAGCCACGCAACCUUGUCAGACGCUGUGGACGAUGCCGCGAGGGCGAAUGGCGCAGCGAGUCAGUUCUUAUAGCGUCGCAGAUGACGCACCGUGUCCCAGUCGUGGCUACAGCGGGGGCGGGCUCAGCGGCGGCACGAACCGCAGUUCUGUGCCUGCUGAAGUCCAGGCAUGGCUUGUUGAUGGGCAUAGCGGUGAAGUUCGAGUUCCCGUGUGGACACUGCUCACCAAUGACCCACCAGUGCCGCGCGGCACUGGUGACGCCGCCACACGUACCCACUCACCCGCAUCCUCGUUGGCGUCGCACCUUCACGCCGGCCGCGCCAUCUUUCGCGAAGUGCAGCGCCUCCGGCUGGACUGGCGCUCUGACUACAAGGAUGCUCGCCAGCAGAGCGUGAGCCUGCUCGCUGCGCUGGCGGGUCUCGUAGGCGGCGCAGCUGUGUCCUACGUGGCCGCAAACGGAGAGGCGUGUGUGUGGGUUAGCGGUGGCCUGCGCCGUUGUGGUGCGCAGCGCACUCAUCACCGCAUUUGCCACACCUCAACGAUGCAGGGAAGUUACGGUGGGAGUAACUCUGGCUGCAGAAGUAUGGAUGCAGUCCCACCGCUCUGGCAAUCUGCCGCACACCACAGGAGUUCGGGCGAUGGGCGGCGACGGCCUCUUCGGCCGUCGCGCGCCGCGAGGGUAGCCGUACCCCCUUCAUCACCCCCACCCCCACCGGGACUUGACACGUGCACUGCGUCCUGCCCCUUUGGCUAUGCCCUCUACGAGUCGCACUUCUUGAGUUGCACUGCGGCUGCGCAGGAUGAGCAGGCGACGGCGCCGGGGUGGCGCUGCGAGGUGCAUAACCCGGUCACUACAUCGUCCUCCGCUGCCUCUCCCAGUGCGAGCUCUGCCCCACGGCUGUUUCACAGCGCGACGGUGGUGGGGAACCGGAUUUGGCUUCUUGGCGGAUGGACUGCACCGGUGGGAGCGACGACACUGCCCUCGGCGCUCGCAGCGCUAGUGGGCACAGAGCGGCUUGUGGAACGUCGACGGCGCGAGGUGCGUCAAGCCGUUACUCACGGAAGCGACAGCAAUGCCAUGGGCGAGCGCCUCUCUCUAGCACCUCUGGCGGAGUCCUCGUUGUAUUGCACCAGCACCUCCGCAUUCAACGCGGAGUGCAAAGCAGGCAACGCCCCGUCCUCGGCCUCCCUACUGUGGUGUGAGGGGGUGCAGUCCGUGCAGUGCCUGAACGACGGCUUUCCAGCUCCGCCGGUGGAUGCGCCUUUGCCAUCAUCGCAGACGGAAGACUGCGUGGAUCAGACAAUGACGACAAGACGCUGGCUUGCCGCGCCGCCCCGACUGGCCUGCCACGUGGCGGUGGCCUGCGGAGAUCGAUGUGUGGCUGUGUUUGGAGGGUUGAUGGCAUCUCCCAGAGCUGACGACGUCGCGCCGGUUGCGACGUCGGCUGUGCACAUCUACGACACUGUUCAGGGGACAUGGUCUGCGCAGUACGAGCACGACAUUGAGGACGUGCAUGGCGAGUGGCCCGCGGCGCGCUACGGGCACUGUGUGACCCGAGUUCCCGGCACCAGUGGCGUGCGGCAGCCCGGCAGCUACUUUGUCUUUGGAGGGGCGACCACAACACCGUCUUAUCGCACACUUCUCGUAUCGCCAGCACAACUUCUGUGGAUUUGGACACCUGUGCUGGAUCUGAUUCACCGGGGCAGUAGUGGGGUCGUCAAGGACGUGUCGGUGCAGAGCACGUGGCGGCGAGUACAGCUGCCUGUCGAGUUCGCAACCCCGCUUGCCGGUCGCUUCUUGUCGCAACUGCACGCCUAUUCCGCAGCGGAGGUGGCUGCCGCCGUAUGCGGCGCUGCAGAACUCCUCGGGAGUGGGGCAGCGGUGCCAUCCGACCCCGGGUUGACGUCUAUGGUGCUCUGCAUCGCAGGUGGAAUGACUGCGCCUGCGCUGCACAAGAGAUCAGCAGCAACGCGCGAUGACACACCGCACAACACGCAGGCUGCCGCAUCAGACGCGUACCGCGCCUUCUGCGAGUGUGUUGAGCCGUGGUUUGGGCACCCGGCGCUCGAUGUGACGUCUGUGUUGGUGACGUGUAUCUGUGAGCGCCAACAGCAGUUUCUGUCUAUGUGA